CCUUCUUGCAGAAAGAUCGCGGGCCACGUAUCUCGGGCUGAGCCAUGGCACCCAAGAAAGCGAAGAAGCGGGCGGAAGGAGCCAACUCCAACGUCUUCUCCAUGUUUGAACAGGCUCAGAUCCAGGAGUUUAAAGAGGCAUUCACCAUUAUGGAUCAGAACCGCGACGGCUUCAUUGACAAAGCAGACCUGAGAGACACAUUUGCUGCACUAGGACGCUUGAAUGUGAAAAACGAAGAACUGGACGAUAUGAUAAAGGAAGCUCCCGGACCAAUUAACUUCACCGUGUUCUUGACCAUGUUUGGUGAGAAACUCAAAGGUGCUGAUCCAGAAGAGACUAUUCUGAACGCAUUCAAAGUGUUCGACCCAGAGAGCAAGGGUUUGAAGGCAAACUACAUUAAAGAGAUGCUCAUGACGCAAGGAGAACGGUUUUCACAGGAGGAGGUAGAACAAAUGUUUGCCGCUUUCCCUCCGGACGUCGCUGGAAACCUGGACUACAAGAACCUGGUCCACAUCAUCACCCACGGGGAAGAGAAGGACUAAAGCGGGAGGGCAUUGAAGUCCGUACAGUGAGAGGACCGCUCCUUGUUGGCUGGGGUCACUUCUGCAGCCCCUCUCUAGGCCGACUUGGGCCGUUUGCUACGUGAACGUCGUCAAUGUUCUAGUGUCCUCUGUCUGUUUCCUUUAUAGAGGAAACCUGCCUGUAACUGCAGAAAUGUGUUUCUGACACCGCAGCUGUAUUAAAGUACUUUUCAGUUGGCGCGAGAGAGAAA